AUGGUUGGUAUAGGUAUUAGACUGAACCCUGGCACCAUUAUAAGUAUACUUUCUGCAUUAUCUGAUCUGAAAGACAUAAGACAAGGCAAGUGCAUCCAUGGAUAUGUGUUUAGACGUGGGUUUGGAUCAAACACGGAAAUUGCUAAUCAGAUCAUUUACAUGUAUGCGAAAUGUGGUUUUGUACACUGUGCAAGCCGAAUCUUCAAAAACAAAAGAUGUAAGGAUUUGGUGUCAUGGACAUUAAUGAUGAUGGGUUAUUUGCAUCAAGGUCGUGCUGAUGAAGCUAUAACCUUGUUCUGGCUAAUGCAAAGAGAAAAUCUGAGUCACGACUCUGUCACAUUAAUAAGUCUGCUUCAAGCAUUUGCUCUGCUUGGAUGUCUAAAUCUAGCGAAGGAAGUUCAUUGUCAUGUGCUGCGUGUAUCCUUGAACAUAGGGAUACCUGUCAUUAAUUCUCUGAUUACUGCUUACAGCAAAUGCGGAAAGUUAGGCAUGUCUAGAGUUUUAUUUGAGCACAUGGCUGGACGACGGUGUUUGGUCUCUUGGAACACAAUGAUUGCUGCAUAUGGAAUGCAUGGGAGAUGUGUCCAGGCUCUCAAAUUGUUUGACCAAAUGAAAAAAGAGAAUGUUGUGACUGAUGACUUAACCUUCAGAUCAGUACUUGCCGCCUGUAGUCAUUCUGGCUUGGUAGAAGAGGGUCUGCAUAUUUUCAGAUCCAUGAAAGAAGAGUAUUCAAUGAUUCCAUCGGAAGAUCAUUAUGGGUGUAUGAUAGACUUAUUAAGCAGAGCAGGUCUGCUUGAAGAAGCUUAUGAUCUGUUGCAAUGUCUGCCACCAAGACAAAGUGCUUCUGCACUUGGUGCUUUGCUUGCUGCUUGCAGAGUUCAUGGAAAUUAUGAGUUGGGGGAUAUAGUGGGAAGGUGGCUUUUGGAUUUGGAGCCUCAAAACCCAAGCACUUAUGGUUUGGUAUCAAAUAUUUAUGCAGGAGGAGAGAAGUGGACGGAAGUAGCCCAGGUAAGAGCUAUGGCCAAGAGUUCAGAUAAACAGGUAUUGAAAAUGGGACACAGGUCUGAUUUGGAUAGUAAAAACCAGUUUAGCCAAUCGGGACGAUGGUUUCCAUAUCUCGAUAAAUUUGAUGCCGGAAGUAUGCAUUUAAAUAGCGGUGAAGUGUUGGAAGCGCUUGACCCGCAGAUAUUGGAUAUAAGGAAGGAGAGGUUUCGGAAUGUGGCAAAGAAUCAGAGCUAUUCGGGUUCCAUUCAGUUCAUGUUGUGCCCUUUGACAGCUCGAAAAGGUGCAACAAGAUUUGAGAGUAUAUUGCAUUUGAUUGGACCACCAUCCCACCAAAAUUUGCAAAGUUAUGUUCAGGUGGCUCCUGGAGAAAGUGUGAUACUUGCAUUUUGGUUUGGAUAG